UGUUGUUGUUUUUUUCUUCAAUGAAUAGUAGUAGUAGUGAGGUAUAAAAAUCACUGAAUUCCUAAGGUUUAUUCGCUUUCUACUACACACGUCAAGUACACAUAUUACAAAGAAAAGAGUGAAGAUGUUCACUUACCUUCUAGUCGCUGUAUUUGCACUCGAAUUCGUAACAUCCACCAGACAUUCACAGUUGGAUCAUGACAUCAAAAAUUUGGCUUGUCAAGCUUUGGAGUACACUCAUGAAGAAGGUGUACGAAUUUUGAAACAAGAUAAAUUCAGAGAGAAUAUAGUCAAAUAUGUGUUGUCAGUGACAUGUGGACAUCUUGAAAAGAAGAAUGAAAGACAUAGGUGCAAUAUGUACAUGACUGGGCCAACUAGACGAUUCUUAAAGAAUUUUAUUGAAACAUCAAGACAUAAACAUCUUAAAUCAAUGCUGAACUGGUGUCAAUCUUAUACUGCUAACUUGAAAGAUGAUAAUUCAACUUUCGUAUGCAGUGGAUGCGAAAAUGUUGUGUCAUUUUUGAAAACGAUGACAGAAUCUCAGUCUGGAAAAAAUAUUCUUCAUAUGAUUGUUGAGAGGGUUUGCGCGCUUACAGGAAUGUUUCAAACACAGUGCUCGCUAAUCGGUUCGUAUUUCGUUGACAACUAUAUUCAAAUUUUAUCCGAGUCAACUUCUGAACAAGUUUGUCAGAAAAUACAUUGCUGCUCAUAAGUUGAAAAAAAAUCCGCCUACACGAUACGGAUCAAACUUGAUUUAUUUGUCUAACAUAGAUUAAUUUCAGUUACAUUAAUUCAGUAAAUAUAUUCCGUAAUUUAUGACAAAAAAAGAGUUUUGUUAAAUAAGGCUUUGCG